GUUAAACCCGGGCCAAUGGAGCGGCAGCGAGGAGGGGCCACAGGGGCUCGGGCUAAAAGGCCGGUUCUGCGGCUGGUUGUGGGCGAGUCGCUGCGUGCGGUGUGUCUGCAUGGACAUCCCGCUGCCCGUGGCCAGCCGCCCUCUCCAGCCGCCGGCAGCAUGCACACCCUGCAAAAGGACACUACCUUCACCAAGAUCUUCGUGGGCGGCCUGCCCUACCACACCACCGACUCGUCCCUGCGGAAAUACUUCGAGGUGUUCGGGGACAUCGAGGAGGCGGUGGUGAUCACCGACCGGCAGACCGGCAAGUCCCGCGGAUACGGCUUCGUCACCAUGGCAGACAGGAUCUCCGCAGACCGGGCAUGUAAAGAUCCCAAUCCCAUCAUCGACGGCAGAAAAGCCAAUGUCAACCUGGCCUACCUGGGGGCAAAGCCAAGAGCCAUUCAAACGGGGUUUGCGCUGGGAGUCCAGCAGAUUCACCCAGCUCUGAUCCAGCGUCCCAUUGGGCUCACCGCCCAGUAUCUCUACCCGCAGGCGAUCGUGCAGCCUGGCCUGGUGCUGCCGACUCAGCUUCACUCGAUGGCCUCUCCCCUCAUUGACUACGCCGCCUCUGCCACCUACACGCAGUACGCCGCCUACGAGCAGUACCCGUACGCCCUCUCGCCCGCCGCCAGCUACCUGGGCUUCAGCUACUCGGCGGUGCCACAGCCCGUGGAGGGAGGCAACCCCACCGCUGCUGCCGCCACCGCGUUCAUCCAGUACCCCUCUCAGCCCCUGCAGCCUGACCGCUUGCAGUAAAGCAACAGGAGGGAGGGAGAAAGGAUUCCGUCUCCAAGCAGGAAGACCAUCCGCUCAGGACUGAGGUGGAUGGGCACAUGGGUGACAAAUGGGAUAUUGCUAUCGGAUCUUUGAGUGGCUCAACGCGGAGAGCUGCUUCAAGUGUUAACAGGGAUGGGAGCAGCCUGGCACCUGAACAGGAAUGGCUGGAAGGAAAUUCCUCCAAACGGGAACUGAUCAAGUCAGGAAAGCAGUUAUCUCUCCUCCCUCUCAUCCUCUUCCUGCCUUUCUGUACUGCCCCCCGUGCCUUCCCCAAUUCCCUCCUUCUCCCCAUGUCUGAGUAGCAGAUUGUUCAUUGUAAGGUACGAAUUGCAACAGAACGAUAAAAGAACACACGCUAAAUGCUAUUUUUGAUGUAUAAAAAAAAGUAUUAUUUAUCAACAUCUUGCAGAGAAGAAAAAUUGCAACUACUUUUUCAUAUUUAUUGUGAUGAUCUAUGCUCAAAACCUGGGGAAAGAGGAUGCAAAGUUUAGUUGUCCAGCUACCAUUGUAUAAAUUUUUUCUUGGUAAAUCAUAAACUAAUAGGUCGCUAACUAAUUUCAAUAUGCAAAAAAAAACUUGGAAGGGAAGCAAUAUUUCUGUAGUCAGAACACUGUUCUAUUUUCUUAAUUUUGUAAUUAAUCUUAAAAUCAUCUCAACUUGGGUAUAUAUUUUUUAAAAAUCUACUUAUCUGUGAAAAGGUCAGUAAUUUUUAAUGAUCGCAAUCUAUGCGAUGUCAAAUAAGGUACUGAAACGACUUAUUUAAGGAGACCUCCUACACUGAGAAGCAACCUGACCAGAAGUUUGAAAUUUGGAUAUCAAACGUUUUAAACCCACCUGGAAUGAAUGAGACAUUUUAAGUUAUAAAUGCAAUUUUUAAUUUUUUUUUAAAGGAAGGUUUUUUAAAAAAGCAGAAGUAUUUUAGGGCUCAAAGCUACAAUUAUAUAAAAACAACAUUCAGUUUGGACUGUAGCUGGUAUUGGGAGAAAUGUUUUCAAUGUUAUAUUAAAAGAGCAUAAAACAUC